AUGGCUUCUUCUCAGAAGACAUAUGGUAACUUUGAUUUGAGUACGACCGAUCUUUUUAAUGAUCUUGACUCAUAUGUCGACAACGACGACGAUGAUACAGCAAAGCAAGAUUAUGAUUUAGACACUCUACAUGCCAGGGAACGAGAAGAGACAGAAGAUCAAUCGGAUACCAUGAGCGAGGACGACAACACGGAAUAUAUGGACACUGCCAAUCAAGUGUUGAUUGGUACCAUGACAACAUCUCGAACAUCAAACAGAACUAAAUCCAUCGAAGAAGAGCACGCUGUGUCACAACAAGGUCGGACCGGACUCUAA